AUUUUCAAACAUUAGCCUAACAUAAUCAGCGAAUUAAAACCGCUGACGCAAUCGGCUAUUAGCUGUUCUUGCGUGUUUUCAUCGCUGCAAUACUUUUGCGCUUAUUGCGUCUCACGCAGGUGGCUGCGCCUGGGAGCCUGAUAGGAGUUUACCAUCAUAUGCGGCUCCCUGGGUGUGCUUAAGCGUCCUGGCGCUCACUAUUGACCACGCUGGAUGAGAAUUCGGGUUUCAACACAUUACUAAGUUGAAAAAACAGCUGAAGUAGCUCUAAUAGGUCAGAAGAUGGAUGCAAAGGAUAUUUUAGGAUUGCCAAAGAAUACAGUGUCCAUACCCUCAGAAAAGAAGUCCAGACCUCAGAAAGAGUCUCAACGCAAACCUGAUGGCAUUUCUCGAGAAGUUUACGCCCUUACAGGAGGUCUAGCGCCUCUUAUGCCUGCUAUUGACAUAAACCAUUUGAAACGACGAACACAGACAGAGAAUGAAAAGAUUACUUGGCAAUGGCUACCUUUUACUAAUUCUGCCCGAAAUGACAACUUGGAACUGUACCACUGGGUGAGGGUUGUAAAUGGUGUUUUGCCUAAAGAUGACUAUUCAUUUGCCAAGUAUAACAAGUCUGUGGAUGUUAUUCAAUACACAGGAGAGGAGUAUGAGAAGUAUUUGACAGAUCCUAUGUGGACAAAGGAAGAGACAGACCAAUUGUUUGAGCUGUGUAAAAGGUUUGAUCUACGCUUUGUUGUGAUAGCCGAUAGGUUCUCAUCAUCACGUACAGUGGAAGAGCUUAAGGAUCGUUAUUAUACUGUAUCAAGGGUUGUUUUGAACUCAAGGUCUGCGUCUUCUGUUGAUGUUGUUGGGCAUCCCAUUCUUAAGGAACCUGAGCCUUACAAUAUGACUCAAGAGAUCGAAAGGAAACGUGCAUUGUCUAUGGUGCUUUCCCAUACAAAGCAUCAAGAACGCAGGGAUGCAGAGGUCCUUGCCGAAGCAAAGAAAAUAAUGGAAUCUCGUAAGGCUUCCAAGGUUGCUGAAGAGUCAGAGUUACCCCUCAUGUCAGAUUUUGGACCAGAAGGUCCGGAUAUGGCCGCUACUGUUAAUCCUGCUUCAACUUCACCCAAUGCUCAGUUCCCUUUGGGCACAAGUGCUACUCCCAUAUCAGAAACUGCUUCAACUUUAACUUCUCUUCGCAUGUUGGGGGUGUACUUGCGUACCUAUGCGCUUGAGCAAAUGGUGCAAGCAGCAAGCUCGUCAGCGGGACUUCGGACUAUAAAGCGUGUUGAGCAAACUUUACAAGACCUAGGGGUGAAUUUGAAGCCUAAAGUUCCAACUAAACUAGUAUGUGCGGAGCAUCUUGAACUUAGAAAAGAAAUAUUGACCCUAUUGAAUCUUCAAAAACAGUUGCAAUAUAAGGAAUCUGAAGGUUCAUCCUAUCGUGAUGGUUCAUAUUCUGAAACACCCGGUACACCAACUAAGCGAGCACAGCGUAGUGCUGAUCAGGACAGGACAUUCGGCCCUGACUUAAGUUUUGGAGGUGAAAGAGUUGGUAAAAGGGAUCAAAAGCGCAAGGCACCUGGAACACCCAAAUUUGAAGGCUCCCCUGCAACGUCAAAACGUCCCAGGAAGCUGAAAACCUCAGAUGGAUAGCCUUUGGCAAGGUGGCUAGUACUCUCACUCUCAAGUUCCAUAUGUUUGCAGUGCUCUAACUGUUGGAGUUUUACCAGUGUGAUGUGGUAGUUUGGGUUUAUUUUUACAGAGGGAGCAGAAGCACUACCUUUCUGUGAAUGCUUUCUUCUCCUUCUUCUUCAGGCAUGAUGUGGCCAAGCUGCAUGAAGUGGUACGUUCAGCCACACUGGUGAAGGCUCCAACUGACUAGCAUAGUGCUAUUAUUAUUAUUAUUAUUAUUAUUAAAUUUUAACAUUUGAGUUCCAGCCAGUUCUAAUCUGUAAAUUCCAGGUUUCUCUCUGUAAUUAUCCGCGCCAAACCUGGAAAUUCUAGCUACCAAAUAUGGAGUGGGAUUUACCACCACCAAGCCUAGUUCUUCUUCUUCUUCAUGUUUUCUUAGAGAACUGACCAAAAUAUAAAUUAGAUUGUGUUUUAGAUGAGAGUUUCACAAAUUGAAACAAAUUGUUUUAGACUUUGCGGCUUGAUUGUCAUUAAUUUUACUCGUAGCAAUUUUCAAUUUACUAUUGAUUAUUACUUAAGAUUCACAUGGUUACGAUUUACGAAUUACUCUAGAUUG